UGCAGCUCAGCCUUUAAAGGAGAGCCAGACAAACUUCAGCGGUUUCUCCUGUAGACGUGGCCCGGCUGCCCCGCGUCCCACAGGCCACGAUGUCCCCCUUCCUCAGGUCCUUUCUGCUGCUGGGGGGUCUGGUUCUGGCCUACGUGGUGUACCUGCUGCUGGGAGCGCUGGUAUUCUCCGCCAUCGAGCGGCCUGUGGAGGACAGCCUGCACUCCGAGCUCAGCUCUCUCAAAGCCCAGAUCCUCCAGCUCAGCUGCAUCAACGCCUCCACCCUGGAGGACUUUCUGGAGAAGGUCCUGAGGGCCAAUAAAUACGGAGUUUCAGUGCUCAGGAAUGUCUCGGUCGGCUCUAACUGGGACCUGGCCUCCUCCCUGUUCUUUGCAAACACCCUGGUCACCACUGUGGGUUAUGGCCACACGACCCCUCUGUCGGACGCAGGUAAAGCCUUCUCCAUCGUCUACGCUCUGUUUGGCGUUCCCUUCACCAUGCUGGUGCUGACGGCCUGUGUGCAGCGGUUAAUGCGGCCGCUGACCUACAAGCCCAUCGCGUUCUGGCAGCAGCGGUCAGGCUGGCAGCCCCAUGUAGCUGCCACUGGACACUUUAUCAUCCUGCUCUUGGUGGUGGUGCUGGCCUUCUUCGUGCUGCCUGCGGUGAUUUUCAGCACUAUAGAGGAGUCCUGGUCGUUCCUGGAGGCGUUCUACUUCUGCUUCAUCUCUCUCUGCACCAUCGGACUGGGGGACUUUGUACCGGGGGAGCAGCCCGACCAGAGCCUGAGGCCACUCUACAAAAUCUCUGUUAUGGUGUACCUGUUUGUGGGUCUGAUGGUGAUGUACCUGGUUCUGCGUACGUUCCACAAGCUGGCGGACCUGCAGGGCUGGACGUCUUUCUUCCACCUGCCCCACUGUGAGGAUGAACUUGAGGAGGAUAAGGAGCCGAUAGUGGAGGCUGUGAAUGAAACCAAGCGAGAAGAGGAAACUGCUGCCAGCAAGCACCUGGACCCCGGCUCGCACGUCUCCUACAACUCCAUCAGCAGAUAAACACCUUCAUCAACAUCUUUACCCAUCCUCUUCACUCCUACAGACACCACCAUACUGUACUGUACUGUACUAUACCAGCAGAGAGUGAGCUCAUCACCAAACCGUGAAGUGUCUGUGUCUGUGUGUCUGCAUGGGGUCCUGAUCACACUGUGUGGAGGUGGUGGUGCCGGUGCUUACCUGCCUCCGGUGUGCUUCAUGCAGGGCUAAUUAAGUACUAAUUAGGGUUAAGGAAGAACUUGUUCAUGAACCAAAGUUCUUUUUGAAAGUGUUUUUUGUGUAAUUUUUUGUCUAUCUUUGGCUCCAUCUCCUGGUGUGCUGGAACUUUGGUCUCUCAGACCUAGAAGUGCCUUAUUCUAUACAGCAAAUUAGAAAUUAAACUAUAAAGCGUCCUAUUCUCUUCUUCUCUUAUUCUGUUAUUCUAGGUUACUGGUAACUGACGUCGGCUGCUCAGUCUUAAACUAGUGUGUACACAUUUACACUUUUUUUUUUUUUUUUUUUUUGGACCAGCUUUUGUAUUUGAGACUUUUUUUGUUGGUGCCAUCUGCUGGUUAUAAUUUCUUUUUUAUUAUUUUUUGUGAGCUGUACAACAAUUAAAAUUACAUAUUUAAAUGUCUUACAGCAUAACUACAUGGAGGUUUAAGGGCGAAACACUUUAAAUUCCUAUAUUUACCACAUAAACCCAACUGUAUAUUAAAGUGUGUUUAAUGUAUGUUAUGUAUUUUUCUUUUGUUUACUUUUGUUUUGUCCAACUGACCAAAUUUGCAUUCCCUUCUCCCUAUUUUAUUCAUAUUUGAGUGUUUUGUAACUAGAAAGUGGCUAUAUGAUCUGCAUAUAACAUUUCAAACAAAAUAUAUGUUCAUGAUGUGCAGUAUGUCACGAUAUUUAUUUUCUAAGAUCUGGUGAGCUUGAAAAGGUGUGAACUCCAAUAUUGAACAUUAAAAAUAAUAUUGAGUAUCUGUAUUCAAUGUUUGAAUGUGCUGCAUUGUAUCCAGUUUAAAAGCACACACUGGUUUAUAUCCUAUUGCCCAGCUCUAUUUGCGAACUCUGCAAGAAUCUAAUAUCUAAUGUUUCUCCUUCUAUGAAAUGUUCUAUCUUGUAUCUGGACAAGAUUUUUUAAACCAGUUUUGAGUCAUUUUUUUCCAUUAAGGGUUUUAUUUACUGGAUGCUUAUUUUUUUUUUAAUUUCUUAAAGUCCAUAAAUCCAUAAAUAAUAAUCUACCAGUGCAAUAAAACACUUUUGAGGAUUGAAAAUGACUUAAACCAUUAAACAUGUCUAGAUAUGAGCUGAAAUGUAUUCCACCAAUCUCAAAAAUGAGAAAAAAUAACUAUUUAGAUAAGAUUUUAGAUAAGAUUCUUUCCUUCUGUUUGUGAGUCAGCUAAACAUUCCUUAAAGGAGAAGUCUGGUGUAAAAUGGUCUUUUCUGUGUUGUAAAACAUGAUUAAAAAGUGCUUACCUUUGAUGAAUAGCGCACCUCCGUUCUUCCAGUGUUCUAAGAUCCAAAAAUGUUAACGGUUUGUCCAAACACCCUUCAGACUGAGUGACACCGGGCAUAAUUUGUCCCAAUAAAUUGCUUUUUCCACUGUAUCCAGCUCAAAGUAGCUCCACACCUUCUUGCUAGAAUUCGGAGAGCCCUGACAUUUAAAACGAGGCAUUAAUAACUUAAAAAGUGCACAAGAAGCUUAUUAAAAAACACUGUUUACAUCCUAUAACAACACUAGCUUCAGCUCUGAGCGCCGCCAUCACUGUACUGAUGAUAACAUAGACAUUUAUUUUCAUAGACUCUGCAAAGCCUGCCUCCUCGCGCCAGCUGCUACGCCAGGAGGGCAGGCUAUGUGGAGUCUAUGUUCUAUAUUCAGUGCUAUUCUGUGUGUUAUUCAUCAAAGAAAGGUACUUUUUAUCAUUACCAAAAGUCCGUUUUACACCAGAGUUCUCCUUUAAGAAUUCAAUCUGUGCCAGGGGAUCAAUAGGAGACUUCAGGUAGUUAAAAACCCUCUAAAAUAUAUAAUUUAUGAUUUAUAAAAUAUGAUUUGUGAUUUAUUUAUUUCCUCUUCACAUGCUGGUACCAGAAGAUGGUCACUAUGGUUCUCAUAGUACCAAUGAACGAAAUGUCUAGAUAAUUUUGACCACUUUUUUUGUGCAGUCUGAUUGGUAUUCAGUAAUGUUGGACAGAGAGCUGUGAUAUUAUUGUUAUAUUGUCUAAAUGUUGUUCAAUACAUGGCACCCACAGAAAACACCAGUAGUGCUGGAUGUUGGCUACAAAAUGCUGUGAAAUUAGUGCCGAACAGAGAUUUCUAGUGGGGAUAAUUUUGCUAUGAAAUUCUAAAAUAUAAACUUGGUCUGUUUGUGUUUAAGUAUUGACCAUGUCCAUGAUAUUCAAGCAUAUUGCUUACACCAGCAAUAUUAAACAGGCAUAUUGCCCACCUCUAGUUGAAUAAUGAAAUGCAAUAAAUGCAAUGCUAUGGACGAUUUGAUUUUUUUUUUUUUUUUAAAUAUAGGUAAAUUUAAUAAGGAUUAAGUGAUGUAUUUGAUGUUGUCUGUAUGUUUGUAACUUAAAGUAGAAUUCUGGUGUAAAAUAGAAUGGUUGUAGUGAAACAAUGAUGAUUACAAACUUUAGUCAAAUAGCACACCUCUGUUCACCCCUAGCUUUCUGAAAUACAGCACUUUUAGUCUUCUAAUGCUAGUGAUUGGGGCAUAGAGUUGCCAAUGUGAGGAAAUGGCUUAUUUUUACACCAUUAACAAGCUUAAAGUAGCUCCACACAUCAUUGACAACAUAGACUUCUUCUGAGGACCGUGACAUUUAAAACCAGGUGCUGAGAGCUUUGAUCAGUGCACUGAUAGUUUAUUAAACCACUGUUGAAGUAGUUCUGUGGAAAUGCAUGAAUUGGAGCUAUUACUGAAAAGUUCUCUAUUUUAUUUAUGCUUUUUGCCACUGAAAUAAUUUCGCAGUCUGUAGAACUAGCUGAAGGUACUGUAUGUAUAAACUGUGCACUUCUAAAGCUCUCACUGCCUUGUUUUAAAAAUAAGGGCGUUCUAGAUUCUACUAUCGAAGUGUGGAGCUGUUUUGAGGUUGUUAAUGGUGUAAAACUAGAGAUUUCUUUGCAUGGGUAACCCUAUGCCCCUAAUGCUAGCAUUGUAAGUCUGUUUUUGGUGCUGUAUUUCAGGAAUGCUGGAGUGAAAAGAGGAAGUUUUGUCAUCAUGUUUCAACCCAAGUCAAUUUCACAAUGGAUUUUACCUUUUAAAGGAACAGAAAAAAAAUAAACCUAAGUAUCAUGGUUUAUCACUGAUGGCAGAAACAGUGUACUUCUCUAGUUUACAGUGGGAGAUGCUAAGCUAAUGUUGCUAACAAACACUGGGUUUAUUUACACAGUCACUAAUCUCCUCACAGCCCCUCUGAAAGCUCCUCCAGGUCUUCAUUGGUUUAGUGAAUAGAUGUGGUUUAGAUCACUGUGUAUAACUUUAGUCUAUAAACACAAACUUCUCCUCAGGUGUUUCAGCUGUAUCUGAAAUCAGUGAUGAAUGGUGAUCCUGUGAUACUUUCUGUUCCUUUAACUGUUCGUGUAAUGCUACAAUGUUGUAACUGUAAGAUUACAGUGGUUGGGAACAAAAAGGGCCACUGAGUGAACAAAGCAGAGUAGAAAAUGAGUUGUUCGUGCACAAAAAAUAAUAAAACUGUUACUUUUCA